UGCAUCCUAUUGGCCAAACACUUUAUGAUCCCUCUAAAAAUUUGAUCACAGGACACAUCUAAGAGAAUCUACUUUAGAGACAUAACCAAAGCUCACGAUCCACACCAGCUCCAGCUGAAGAAGUGGGGGGAAGGAUUUUUCUGGCUCCCUCCCAGACAUCUGGAAAGAGGAAGCCCUCAAACCUGGAAUGGGAGAAUUGAAUCUGGGCACAUCAUGCUUUGGUGUAGCUGCUUCUACCCUGCAAGUGUGUUUCCACUUGUCAGCCCCGCCAGUCCUCCUGUGAUCACCAUGUAAACUGGCUAUGGAGGGGACCAUCCCUUAUUUAAGAUGAGGGCACUGAGGGGUUAUGUCAUUUUGGCCCAUGUCACGCUGCCAGCUGGUGGCUGGAAGCCAGGUCCUGCCACUCCCAGAACAGGCCCCUUGCCAUGCUGCCUAUGAAAACAGCAAUGACUCAUGGCAUCCUGAAUUCCAAGGGUCUGCAUCCCCCUGUACUAAGUCUUUGGGGGUUCCAGCCUGUGGAGGCUGGGGUGCCUCCUCCUGUGGCUUCAGAGAAAAGAAGGGAGUACUGGUCCUUGACCCUCAGUUGCUGCAAUUUGGCAGAUCUUCUUCCUCAGUGCCCGCACUUGCCUCUUCUCUGGCAGUCUCGAUAUCCGACGUGGACACAGUGCGUGAGGGCCACGAGUCUGAGUUGCUGCGAAACCUGGCAGAGGAGUUCCCCCUGGAGCAGGGCUUCACCAUCGUCUUCCAUGGCCGCCGCUCCAACUUGGACCUGGUGGCCAACAGUGUCGAGGAGGCCCAGAUCUGGAUGCAGGGGCUCCAGCUGUUGGUGGACUUUGUCACCAGCAUGGACCAACAGGAGCGGCUGGACCAUGAUUGGUUCCAGCACGGAGACAAAAACCAGGAUGGUCGGAUGAGUUUCGGAGAAGUCCAGCGGUUACUGCACCUGAUGAAUGUGGAAAUGGACCAAGAGCAUGCCUUCCAGCUUUUCCAGAGAGCAGAUGCAUCCCAGUCUGGGACUCUGGAGGGAGAAGAAUUUGUAGAGUUUUAUAAGUCAUUGACUCAGCGUCCUGAGGUGCAGGAACUGUUUGAAAAGUUUUCAUCUGAUGGGCAGAAGCUGACCCUGCUGGAAUUUGUGGAUUUUCUCCAAGAGGAGCAGAAAGAAGGAGAACGGGCUUCUGACCUUGCUCUAGAACUCAUCGACUGCUACGAGCCUUCAGAUAGCGGCAAACUGCGGCAUGUGCUGAGCAUGGAUGGCUUCCUGAGCUACCUCUACUCGAAGGACGGAGACAUCUUCAAUCCGACCUGCCUUCCCAUCUACCAGGAUAUGACUCAGCCCCUGAACCAGUACUACAUCAGCAGCUCCCACAACACCUACCUAGUGGGAGACCAGCUUUGUGGCCACAGCAGCGUGGAGGGAUACAUACGGGCCCUGAAGCGGGGAUGCCGCUGCGUGGAGGUGGAUAUAUGGGAUGGACCUAGCGGGGAACCUAUUGUUUACCACGGACACACACUGACCUCUCGCAUCCCGUUCAAAGACGUUGUGGCUGCCAUUGGACAGUAUGCCUUCCAGACAUCAGACUAUCCAGUCAUCUUGUCCCUGGAGAACCACUGCAGCUGGGAACAGCAGGAGAUCAUAGCACACCAUCUGACAGAGAUCCUGGGGAAUCAGUUACUGAGCACCACCUUGGAUGGGCAGCUUCCCACUCAGCUGCCCUCCCCUGAGGAGCUUCGGAGGAAGAUCCUUGUGAAGGGAAAGAAGUUAAAAACGCUUGAGGAGGAUCUUGAGGAAGAGGAGGAGGAGCCAGAGUCUGAACUGGAGGAGGCUGAGCUGCAGCUGGAGGCCCAGAUGGAGUCUGAGCCCCAGGAGCUGAGCCCUCGCAGUAAGGACAAAAAGAAGAAACCCAAGCCCAUCUUAUGUCCAUCCCUCUCUGCCCUGGUUGUCUACUUGAAGGCUGUCACAUUCUACAGCUUCACUCAUUCGAGGGAGCACUACCGCUUCUAUGAAACGUCAUCUUUCUCUGAAGCCAAGGCCAAGAGCCUCAUCAAGGAGGCUGGCAAUGAGUUUGUCCUGCACAAUACCUGGCAGUUAAGCCGUGUAUAUCCCAGUGGCCUGAGGACAGAUUCAUCCAACUACAACCCCCAGGAGUUCUGGAAUGCAGGCUGCCAGAUGGUGGCUCUGAAUAUGCAGACUGCGGGGCUUGAGAUGGACCUGUGUGAUGGGCUCUUCCGCCAGAACGCUGGCUCCGGCUACGUGCUGAAGCCAGACUUCCUGCGUGACGCCCAGAGUUCCUUCCACCCUGAGAGGCCCAUCAGUCCAUUCAGAGCCCAGACCCUCCUAAUCCAGGUAAUCAGUGGGCAGCAACUCCCCAAAGUGGACAAGACCAAAGAGCAGUCCAUUGUGGAUCCACUGGUAAGAGUGGAGAUCUUCGGCGUCCGCCAAGACACAACCCGGCAAGAGACCAGCUACGUGGAGAACAAUGGUUUUAAUCCAUACUGGGGGCAGACACUGUGCUUCCGGGUCCUGGUACCUGAACUGGCCCUGCUGCGUUUUGUGGUAAAAGACUAUGACUGGAAAUCCCGAAACGACUUCAUUGGUCAGUACACCCUGCCUUGGAACUGCAUGCAACAAGGUUACCGCCACAUACACUUGCUCUCCAAGGAUGGCAUCAGCCUCCAUCCAGCCUCCAUCUUUGUGCACAUCUGCACCCAGGAAGAGCUAGAGGAGCUUGAAUCUUAAGGUGGGCACUUCACGGGAAGAGUGGGUGCAUCGGCUUUAGAUGGUAAGAAAAGCCUGGAAGUAUGCUCCAGAAAGCAAACAGAGGUGGUGAAAACCAAGCUUUGGACUGUGCGUUCCUAGGCACAAAAUUACUUCAUCUUUCCUGACAAGCAAAUCUAGGACCUGAUUUUUACCUUCUUUCUUUUCCCUUUCUUCGUUUUCACCAGCCUUUGGUAUCAUUCCUGUCCUUACCCUCUGCAUACUCUACACGGGAAUUCCUUCCUUCCUUCCUCUUGCUAUAGAUUCAAUACCAUACCCAGAUCUAGGACUACACUUUUGCACCAACUCUGGCUCAAAGGCAGAUUGCAACUAGAAAUCCAGAGAAGGGCUUGGGGCAGACAAACCCUAAGAGGCAUUAUCUCCUCCACCUCUAACUUCCUCAAAGUCCAGAGCCAAGGGAAGGACAAAUCAAGCCCCGAGGCUCCCCAGGCAAAGGCUGGGGAAGGAGAUCUGACCCCAAGACUGUAUUACGACUCUCAAGAGAACACUACACAGCCCUCAGAGUCUCCACUGGACCGCUGCUCCCUAGCCCCUCCGGUAUAAAUAGAGCUUCUCUCUCAAUUUGGCUUGAGUACAGUCUCUCAUUGUUGGGCAAGAAGGGCAGAUAUGAGGGUUGGGGGACAUUUGGGUAGACAGCUGGGAUAGGGAGAAGGUGGAAAAAGAGGGUUUCCAGC